UAUGUUCCUACAUCUACAUUAAAGAUUUCUAGGAGUAUGUGGUCUACUUGGAGUGUUAUUGUAUACUUCUAUAUGUUUGUGAUUGUGAUCAUUUACAAUUCAGAACAAGUGAAGUCCAUUACUAACGUUGUUGAAAAGGGAAGAGCUCAUAAAAAUGACAGCACACAAAAUGGUCUCGUGAUACUGACAAAUGAGGUAAAUAAUGGAGACGACCAACAGAAAUCGUCGUCGGAAACGAAAAAGAGAAGUCUUUUUUCAGAUAGUAAGAGGAAUCAUCACAUUUUUAAUCCCUCAGGUGGUGGAGAUUACGCAUACAUUCCACCGUCUUCUGAUGGAUAUUACCAUAGACCCCCUGUUGAUUAUGGACCUGAUUAUCAUAAGGAAUAUCUUUCCCCAUACGAAGAGAAAUACCCAAUCGUUCCGUACAUACCCGAUCAUAAAAGUUAUGGAGGUUAUAACAGUUACAGUCACCUUUUAAAUAGUCCCUAUACAUACAAAACAUUGUUAGCCUUGAAAGGAUUUCUUAUCCCUCUGGCUGGAGUUGCUUUACUCGGGGCAGCUGCUGCAUUAACGACGCAUCCAGUUUUACUGCAACUUGGGUCCAUCAAUAAAGGCAGACGGAGAAGAAGGCGGCGAAGAAGCUUACCAUAAAUAGGCAGGAUAUUUUCUAGUUUAUAUCAGA